AAAUGUCUAGUCGACAUGUGCAGCUUCAAAACAACACCAGCACAUUAUUUUAGACCUUUUCCAUAAGUCGCUUCUGUUAUCAGAAUGGAUUGCAUUUUCAGCACUGAUUCAAUAUUGCGAAAAGGUUUUGUAGCUAAUUUCCUAGAACUGUAGUAAUAAUGCGUUGUUUUGGUCUCACUCACUUCCCAGUGACAUUGUUAGCUGGCUAAUUCGCUACAUAGCUAGGCUACUAGUUAACGUUAGGAAACCGUUAUCAUGUCAACCAUAAAGUAUUGUAUGUUAGGUAACAGUGUAGUUACACGUUUAUUCCCCAAAAGGACCUAUUCAUGGUGUGUACAGUUGAAGCAUCAGCAGUUUUACUGCGCAGAGAACUGGCUUAAGUUACCAACAAGUUAUACUUGCCAUAAGAGAUCACAUGAUGUCAAUCAAUCAUAUCAGUAUAUCUCACAAUAUGGGCUCCAACGUCACAGAGCUACAACAGUGUCAUGGCAGACAUCUAUCCCCUUACAACACAGACGCUUUUCACUGUCAACAUACCAGCUGAAAAUGAGGGAUGACGACCAUACCCCAGGACAUGAAAGCCUGGGCAGGGAGGAGGACGAUUAUAUAGAUGACAGUGAGAUAGAUGAGCUGUUUCAGCACCAGAUCCCUAUGGUCGGAGAGGGAGACCACCGCAUCUUCAUCGUCCAUCCUGAUGUGAAAUGGGGAAGCAGGAAGCAGUACCUUACCACAGCCAAUCUGAUGAUGGCGGAGGCAGUGGGUUUGGUCAACACUCUACACAACUGGAGUGUCAUCGACAAGAUCAUCCUCUCCACCAAGACACCAGAGAAAAAGAUGAUCUUUGGCAAAGGCAACUUCCAGACGCUCACAGAGAGAAUCAGAAGAACUCCGGGAGUAACUGCUGUGUUUGUCAACGUGGAGCGUCUGUCCCCUGCCUCAGAGAAAGAGUUUGAGGAGGCGUGGGGGGUGAAGGUGUUUGACAGAUACUCUGUGGUUCUCCAUAUCUUCCGCUGUAAUGCCAGAACCAAGGAGGCCAAGCUACAGGUCUCCCUGGCUGAGAUUCCACUGCUCAGAUCCCGUUUGAGAAAUGAAGUGGCCAACUUGGACCAGCAGGGUGGGGGCUCCAGAUACAUUAUGGGUUCAGGUGAGACGCUGAUGGAGGUACAGCAGAGAGUUUUGCAGGAGAGAGAGCUGAAGAUCUGCUCUGCUCUACAACAUCUGAGGAGGAAGAGACACCUGCUCCGCUCCCAACGCAAAAACAGAGACUUCCCCAUCAUCUCUGUUAUGGGCUAUACCAACUGUGGUAAGACGACUCUGAUCAAGGCGUUGACUGGUGACGCUGCGCUGCAGCCUAGAGAUCAGCUGUUUGCCACGCUGGACGUCACGGUGCACGCCGGCACGCUGCCUAGUCACAUGACUGUGCUUUACGUGGACACCAUCGGCUUCCUGUCCCAGCUUCCCCACCGGCUCAUAGACUCCUUCUCCGCCACGCUGGAUGACGUCACUCACUCUGACCUGAUAGUCCAUGUGAGAGACAUCAGCCACCCAGAGACUGUGAACCAGAAGGAGAAUGUGUUGAAUGUCCUGAGGAACCUUCAGAUCCCAGACAGACUGCUGAGCUCCAUCGUAGAAGUCCAUAAUAAGAUAGAUCUAGUGGACAGCUAUGAGCCCUCUGAGCCCAACAGCCUGCCUAUCUCUGCUCUGAGAGGACAGGGUCUGGAGGAGCUGAAGAUAGUUGUAGAAGACGCUAUAAUGAGAUCUACAGGGAAACAGGUCCUGACUCUCCUUGUGGACCUCAGCAGCUCCCAGUUAAGCUGGCUGUACAAGGAGGCAACAGUUCAGGAAGUGGACGUUAACCCAGAUGAAGGUUCCGCUGUCGUCAAGGUGAUCAUCAGUGCUGCUGCGUACGGACGCUACAGGAAGAUGUUCUUAGGUAGUUAGAAACACUGCAGGUCUAAACCCUGGAUGAUUGACAGGAGGCUUUAUUGAAGCCACCGCGCAGCAAUAGAAAUGCAUUUAUUAUAUUAGACACCUUAAAACAUUUUUGAAGUCUGCAUUAUGUUAGCUUAAGAUACAAAUAAAAUAAAAAUCCUUCAUAAAGUAUUUAUUUUUUGAGUAUUGUUACUGUCCCCACUACAACAACAAAAAAAUACUUGUAUAAUGGCUACGGUGUCUCAAAAUGGACAAACGGUACUACCAGUAUAGCCUAUUUUUUUUCUUGUUUUUCAAGCAAAGGUCUUUUUAAGGGAGUAUGGUGCACACUUGUUCGGUUCAGUUAGGCGAGUUUGGCCGAACUGAACCAUGCUGAACCCUAACCAAUAAUCACUGUUACCGAGAGUUCCUGUCAUAACAUCCUUUUAUUAGGGAACACACAAAAAGCUGUUUCAUCAGAAAACCACACUACUCUUGUUGUAUGAAUGAUAAAAUGCAUUUAAAUGUAAAUAUGUUAACAGGAAAGUGACAAGGUAUGACAGUAUAUUGAUUAAUUAUUAACUGUCUAUCAUGUUUCACAUCUCACCUGGGCUGGAUCUGCUU